UUACUCUACUGAGACUUGAGCUGCUGUUGUCAGUUUCAACAAAAUGGCUGCUGGAGCGCCGCGAACGAAAAUCCAGUGAACGCUUCGUGUCAGCGCAAUAUCAUUUUAAAUGGAUGUAUUGGAAUUCCCAUACCAUCUAUCCAUCUGGAGCACUUGCUCGUGGACUCGUUUACAUGCGUGUUAGCGAACUAAAAGCAUGCUGAAAAUUUUCCCUUUACGCACUUUAUACAGUAUAUAUGUGACUUUCUUGAUGUGAAAACGUCAUUCAUAGAAGCUCAAACUGCCCGUGUGCGCGCGCGUGUGUGUGGCUGCUUUGAAAAAUCGCCGAAAUGUUACAAAUCAUCAACGUUAAGCUUUCUAGCUAAUGAGCAAAACGUCCUUUUCACUGUUUGCACUGGCAUUUUUAGAGAUAUUUUUGGCCUCCGGAUAAAUUCUUGCAUAUUGAGAGGUGAAUUCCUCAACUGGAAAGUCAGGCUCGCCAUUGCAGCUUUACUGCAAGAGUGACUGCGACUGAAUACAUCUGAACUGUAUCAGUACGGGUAUCGACAACAUCCACCAUGCAGCUCAUGCAUCCGAUUUGAACAGCAGACUGCAUUGGUUUCGUGUGCGGAAUAAAGCCUUGGGACAAAACAGGAGACAGAAGAGGAGAACCAUUUGAUGGAAGAAAAGAAAAAGAAAAAGCAAGACGAAAAGAAAAAGAAGGAAGCUGCUCAGAAAAAGGCUGCUGAACAGAAAACCAAAGUGCCAGACUCUGCCAAGCCCAGCCCCACCCCUCCUCCCCCCACCAACCCAUCCGUGCCCUCAGCCAACAGCAGCAGUGGUGGCAAUGGCAAGCGUGCAUCCUCCAGCAACCAGCAGCAGCAGCCGGCAGCCCCACGCUACCCGCCCAGAGAGGUGCCCCCUCGUUUCCGUCAGCACGAACACAAGCAGCUACUGAAGCGGGGCCAACCUUUGCCCGCCGGGAGCCCGGCUCUCACGCAGCCACCCUCAGCCAAUACUACACCUCAGUCCUUCUCCCAGAACCACACAGAGCUGCCCCAACAGAGUGGCCUGGCAGCCCAGUAUGAGAAUAUACCCCCCAAACGCAGUGCCACUACAGCCUCUUCCAACAGCUGCAGCGGCUGGGAUCCACUGAUUAUUGACAAGAGCGAUACUGAGGCGUGGCCUUCCAUUUCAUGCAAAGAAAGCCACGGCCCUGCAGGAUGCCAAUUGGACACUGAAAGCGUCAGUGAUAUUAGCAGCACAAGCAGCAUGAGCAUGGCCACAGGAUCUGGCCAGCAAGGCCAUUUCUCCACCAAUCACCCCAGCAAAGCCAAUGUCAGCCACUCAGGAGGUCUGCUCUCCAGUCAGGGUGGGGCCAGCAGAGGCUGGGGCUCUGGCCCAUCUCCUGCCAGUGGAGGAGAAGGGAAGAAUGAAGUGUCCAGCACAUCAGUGGGAGUCAGGGGUUGGGGCUCCUCCAACUUUAACUUGAACUUAAAUCCCAAUGCCAACCCCUCUGCCUGGCCAGUUCUGGGACAUGAAGGGACCGGCAUGGGUGGUGGCAGCUCUGGGGGAAACAAUCCUCCUCCUUCUAAUCUCUGUAGCCCACCGGGCAGUUUGCCCAGUCAGGGCUCUAGCAGCGGUGGCAGCAUAAGUGGUGCCAAUGGAAAUUCUGCAGGUAAUGGUGGUAGUGGCAAUUGCAACACCACAUGGGGUAGCAUUAUGCCCAGUGACUCCUCAGAGCCACACUCCAGCCCAUCCACGAAUGUGUCUUUCAGCUCCGAACCUCAGAACCUUAACACUGAUGGACCAAAUCACACUAAGCAGGAGCCCAGAAGCCCUGGCCACUGCCUGCCUAACUGGGGGGUUGGCUCUGCAGGCAUGGGCUCAUUUGUUCAAACUCCAGGAGGGGCCUCACAGGUCAAUGGUCAGGAAGAACCUGUUUGGGGUAAUGGAGAUGCCAAGUCUGUUAGUGGCUCAAAAGACUCUGGUUGGGACUCAGGGAGCAGCUGGGGACAGGGAGUGGCCUCAGGAACUGCUAGCUGGGGACAAGCUUCCUCAACUGGAGACUGGGGUAAACACUCCAACAGUGAGGCCAAAGGAUGGGAUUCUACUAGCUCUCCCACCCAAGAGCAGCAACUUAAUUCUUGGGUUCGUGGGCCCAAUGCCCCAGCUAGUGAGGGAAGCAGUGAUAGCAUGGAAUGCUGUCCUCGCAGAAGGGACCGCUCAUCAAGGGAUGAGACUUCUCCUAUUCUGCCUACCCCGGAUAUGGACCCCAGAGUUCUGUGCAACACGGGCUGGGGACAAACACCUGUACGUCAACACACUGCUUGGGAGACAGAAGAAGCUGCACGCUCCAACCGCAAGAAUGACAUUGGAACUGAUGCCUGGGGCUCAACCUCAAAUGCAACCAAUGCAGGACCAAUACCAACUUCUGGCAAUGCCAAUAUAAACUCUGCCAAUGCAUCCAGACCUGAUUCUGGGAGCAAGAAUGAGGGCCCUUGCCCUAGUACUGGAGCUGCACCAGGCUGGGGUACAGCCAUGCAACCACCCCAGGCUGGUUCUGGUUGGACGGAUCCGGCCAACAACAAGAAACCCUCCAGUGGUCCUGGAAACUGGGGCAGUACCCCAUCUGGUGGUCCGGGUGGCAACCUGCAGAAAAGUGGUCAAACUUGGGGUUCUGAGGAAAAAUCUCCUACCUGGGAGGAGAGUCAUGCUAAAAUCAAACCACAGGGUUGGACUGAGGGUCACAAAUCAUCUCAAGGAUGGGGCAAUGGGCCUAGUGGAGAAAGUGGAUCUGGAGGAGAAUGGGGUGAACCUGCAGACGGGAAAAAAAAUGGCCCAUCCAGCUCCUCCUGGGAGGCAGAAGGAUCAGGCUGGAAUGAGGGCUCCAGAUGGGGAAAACCUGCCCCAACAGUAGGAGGAAACUGGGGAGAUACACAGCGCCCCAAUGUGCAACCACAAGGAUGGAAUAACAAGCCUCAGGAUGGCAACAAUGGCAAUAGUGGCAGUGGAAGCAUGGGUUCUUGGGGAGGUCCAAGCUCUAUAAAACAAAGCGGCUCUGGAUGGGGUGGAGGAAAUAGUGGAAGUGUUAAACCCGAUCACACUGGAGAGCCCACUGGAUGGGAGGAGCCAUCUCCACCCUCUAUCCGUCGUAAAAUGGAGAUCGAUGACGGUACCUCAGCUUGGGGUGACCCAAGUACACAUAACAAGACAGUCAAUCUCUGGGACAGAAAUAACCCUGGCAUGCAAGGCAAAUCAGGCCCUGCCAAUGCCAACAAUGUACCCAACAACCAUCAUCAUCAUUCCCAUCAUAACCAGCCUCCCAUGCAGACCCACAGUCAUGGAGGGCCAAACUCUAAUAAUAACCACAUUUCCCCUGAUAACGUAGCCCCACAUCAAACAGGGCCUCCACACAACAGAACUGGGCUAAUGAAUCCAGGAUGGGGGGAGAUGACAAACGUCCAUUCAAAACCUGAACCCACAUGGGGAGAGCCAGCCGCCCCUGCAGUAAGUGUGGACAAUGGCACUUCGGCAUGGGGUAAACCCCCAGGUGGCUGUGGAGGCUGGAGUGAUAAUGGGCCUGAAGUCUAUGGUAGAGGUAACGGACCUCCUGGACCUGCCCCCUGCAAACCUGCCCCCAAAUCUAUGCAAGAUGGCUGGGGAGGUGGUGAGGACAUGGGUAUGUCUGCGGGGCAUUGGGAUCAAGAGGAGGGAGAUAUGUGGAACAGCACUGCAUCUCAGGAGAGCAACUCAUCCUGCAACUCCUGGGGCAACCCACCCAAGAAGGGCCCACCAAAGGUUAAAGUCCCAAACAAACAGGAUGAUACCUGGAUCAUGAAUCGUCUGAUCAAGCAGCUAACUGACAUGGGCUUUCCUAGAGAUCCUGCGGAGGAGGCUCUUAAGAGCAACAACAUGAACUUGGAUCAGGCUAUGAGCGCCCUGUUGGAGAAGAAGUCCGAACUAGAUAAACGGGGGAUGGGAAUCUCUGACUACAACAACGGCCUAGUCAAUAAACCAAUGGGCUGCAGGCCUUCGGUCAUCUCCAAAGAAUCCUCUUCAGAUCGUCCUCCUUUCAUGGACAAGGAUGCUGGGCUAGUAGAUGAUGCCCAAACCUCACCGUUUAUGCCUUCUCCGAGCCUGAAGCUCCCGAUGGGUAGUGCUGCACUCCCUGGCCAAAGCCUUGGAGUUGCCAUGCAAAACUUGAACAACAGACAGAUGCAGAGCGGAGUGUUUGGUAGCAGUGGAGCAGCACAAGCCCGGGCCCUGCAGCCGCAGCAGCCUCCUCCCCAGCCGACAGUGCCGCCUCUCAACUCCUCCCAGCCUAGUCUACGCGCUCAAGUGCCUCAGUUUCUCACCCCUCAGGUUCAAGCACAGCUUUUACAGUUUGCAGCAAAAAACAUUGGUCUCAACCCUGCACUUUUAACCUCACCAAUAAACCCUCAGCAUAUGACCCUGUUGAACCAACUUUAUCAGCUGCAACUGGCGUACCAGCGUUUACAAAUUCAGCAGCAGAUGUUGCAGGCACAGCGCAGUGUUUCUGGCCCCAUCCGACAGCAAGAGCAGCAAGUUGCACGUACAAUCAAUAACAUGCAGCAACAGAUUCAGCAGCAUCAGCGGCAGCUGGCUCAGGCUCUGCUGAUGAAACAGCAGCAGCAACAGCAGCCGCCCCCCUCUCACCCGGGCCUGCAUCCCAGCGCAGGCAAAUCAGCUUUGGACACGUUUCCCGUCCAUCCCCAAGCCUCCAGUCUCUCCGUUUCUGACCUUCAGACCAAAGAGCCGCAGUCUUCUCCGAACUCCUUCUCCCCCUACCCUAUGUCUGGAUUGAACCAUAACAUGAAUGUAAACUGCAUGGACAUGGGUGGCCUGUCUAUUAAAGACCCUCCUCAGCCUCAGUCACGCCUAUCACAGUGGACACACCCUAACUCCAUGGAUAAUCUCUCUGGCAACUCCUCUCCAAUGGAGCCUAACUUCAACAAGCACGGUGCUUUCUCUGUAGGCCCCAGUCUUGGUCCCCCAAGUAAGCCUCAGUUGGAUGACUCCUACAGUCCCUAUCUGAUUCCCAGCUCCGAGUCUCCUGCCAGUCCUCUGGCACAUCAUGAUAGCUGGGGCCAGGGCAAGAACACCAAUGACAAGAUCUCAAAUGGGACCAAUGUCAACUGGCCUCCAGAGUUCUGUCCUGGAGUUCCCUGGAAAGGACUGCAAAAUAUCGACCCUGAGACCGACCCCAAUGUGACCCCAGGGAGUGUCCCCAGUGGACCUACCAUCAAUACCAACAUUCAGGAUGUUAACCGCUAUCUGCUCAGAGACCGAAGUGGAGGCAAACUCUCUGACAUGAAGUCCACUUGGUCACCGGGGCCCAUCUCACACACCCAGGCUUCUCUAUCUCACGAGCUUUGGAAAGUCCCUCAAGGACCCCGAAACACGACGGCUCCCACGCGACCACCCCCGGGCCUGACCAACACCAAGCCCUCGUCCACGUGGGGCGGAAACACCCUGGGCCUUGUGGCCGGAUGGAGCGGCUCUUACUCCUCAGGAACCACGUGGAGUACAGACAGCUCCAACAGAAGCACUAGCUGGUUGGUCCUAAGAAACCUCACCCCACAGAUCGAUGGUUCAACACUGCGGACACUGUGCAUGCAACAUGGCCCACUUAUCACAUUCCAUCUCAACCUGACGCAGGGCAAUGCAGUUGUGCGCUACAGUUCAAAAGAGGAAGCUGCCAAAGCUCAGAAGUCCCUACACAUGUGUGUUCUGGGAAACACCACUAUCUUGGCGGAGUUCGCUGGAGAAGAGGAGGUGAACCGCUUCUUUGCACAGGGUCAGUCCCUUACGCCCACCACAAGCUGGCAGGCCAACCCCGGCACCAAUCAAACGCGGCUGGGUGGCGGAGGGACGGCGGCCACGCACCCUAUCGGCCACUGGACCAGCAGCGGCCUGGGCGGAGGAGCGGGCGGCACAGGGUCCGGCGGCAAGGCGAACAAUGAGCUGCUGUGGGGGGGCGUACAGCAUUACUCCAGCCUCUGGGGGCCGCCCAGCGCCGAGGACGGUAGGGUUGUCGGCAGCCCCACCCCAAUCAACACGCUGCUUCCUGGAGACCUGCUGAGCGGAGAGUCCAUGUGAGAGUGCCAAGCACUUCGAAGAAGCGACCCCCCCCUGAAACUUUCAUGAGCAAAAACCAAGCAAAUCAUUUGGCGAUAAUCAACGUCAGUGGAACUGUGAACCAAGAGACACUCGCGUAAAGGCUGCUGACCUUCUUCCGCUUCGACUUUUUUGUUUUGCGUCGUUUUAUCGGUGUUAUUUUGAUCACGAGGCUUGGGUUGCAGUAUUCUAUAGACUUCUUAAGAAGAACGGUGACUAAAAGAGAAGUGAACCUUUACUAAGACUUUUCUCUAAUGACUGAUACCAGUGUGAAAGUGUGUUUUACUACAGCUGAUGAGACAAGCUGCCAUAUUUUUCAAUUCCAGUGGCACGAGCACAUCCCAUCAGCCCAAUCACAGCAUAUCACCACUUCCCCCCUCUCCACGAAGAAACGUGCAUCAUUCCAAACAACCCCCUUUUUCUUGGACUGGAUCCAUGGCUUUUUCAGUGAUCGUUUGGAUUGUACGGAUUAUUUGACAGCACUAAACUUUAGCCUUAACUGCUGUUCGGUCCCCACUCCACUCGUACCCGAGACUUACUGAAGAAAUUCAUCGGAGAAUUGCACAUUUUCUCAUUUUCUGAGCCAGCCGAGCGAAAACAGACCGUCGUGCGAACGAUCUCAAACAGCAUAGAUGUAUUUGUCCUUCCUGUUUCCCUCAGUUGCCUUCCUGUCCUCAUUACUCUUUAAAGGACAGACAGGUACAGUAUGUGGCCCCACUGCACAUCCGAGGCAUAUCUUCUUACGCUGAGAGAGGACAGCUGAGGGCAAGUGUGCGCGUGUGUGCUAAAUAUGUAAACCACUGCUCAUAAAAACCGUACAGGAAAUCCUUUUCCAGUGCGCCACGUGGAAUCGAUGGACUACUUUCUUGAAUUUUCCUAAAUGACCUCUUCAAGAACAUAAGCCCUCAUUGUUGUUUGUCUGACGUGCAAUAUAUGCCACAGACUCUUCCGUCCAGCUCGACACAGUAAACUGUUGCUGAUGAAACGGUAGGAGCUUGUUUUGGGGAAUUAAAGACUCGCGUCCUCUUGCGUGGGACUCGACAGAAGAGAAGCUUCUGGGUGCGUAAGCCCUUGGGGAUAAAACAUUCACAAGCACUUCCUCUACACACUCAAGGACAGUGUGACUACAGGGGCACAGGGGAUUCAAACCAAAUAAGAGGUGUUUCUUGUAACCCAGUAGACAAAGUGCAUUUUUUGUUGUUGUUGUUGUAUUUGGUACAAAAGUAUGGAACAAAGACAAGGGGUGGUUUAUUCAUAGCACUUAGCAAGAGCUUCAAGCUCCGAUUUCAAUGCCAACAAAAUUACACAUGGAUGUGUGAAAACUGACAAAAAAAAGAGCAACGAUGAAAAGCAAUCUACAGAACUUCUCCAGGCUCCUUUUUGAACUCUAAAUGGAUUUUGACAUUUAUUUUCUUGUCUUUCCAAUGGACUCGGACGUAAAAAAAAAAAAAUGGUAGCAAAAUCGAAGGGAUGUCUGAUGAGGAAAAAAACACCAAGACUGAAGCGUUCAUGUUUUUUUCUUCGAGAUGAUAUAUAGAUCUAUAUAUCAAAGUAAAUAUCACUGUUACAGUACUCCAAAAUCAUUAGCCUUCUCGUCUGGAGCUUGACGUGUUGUAAUGUUUCUAAUGGAUUCUGUGGGGCCGCCUGCCCUGGUGGCCCCGCCUACCUGUAUGAUAAGUGUGGCCAUUGAGUGCCUAUCUGCUGUGGCGCCUCUGGUGCCCACGCUCUGACUUUGAUCCGCUGUGCCAGGCCGGCGCACCAGAUGCCAGAACGGACCUGCCGCUCGUACGCUCGGCCGGAGCAGCGGCUCCUUUAGACCUGGCCAAUCAGUACGUACUACUGCGCCAGCACACGACCUCGUCUCGACUUCACUCUCAUAAACUCUCCCUCUCAUGCAAAGAUCACUUUAGCUGGAAGUGGACAGGUUCGUUUUAUGUACCAUGUUACGGUUAUCGAUUGAGGUUUUUCCCUCCUGGAAUUGCCAGUGUUGUUAUUUUUAUUUCGUCAACAUUGCUGUUGUUAAUGUUGUUGUUGUUGCUGUUGAUGUUAUUGUUGUUUUGCGCUUUUUUUCGUUUUCGUUUUCGUUUGUUCGUGUGUGUGUGUCAAUGCAGUGGUCUCUACGGUAGCUGCUCUCACCAGCCCCUUUUGCUGCGCGUAUGCAGAAACACUCUGAAUAAGAGGCAAACCUCAGUGUAUACGGCGACCGCUAAUGUCGCCGAUGGCAAUUGAUAGAGAAUCACUCGGAAGCAUUACGAUGGGGAUGGACUGAACAAAGUGGCAUAAUGAAGUGUAGGAACGGUGCUCAAUUUGACUUCUACUUCUCCAUCGUAGCCCAUCUCUGCCUCUUUGCACUUUUCUUCUCUGUUUCAGCCCUGCUAGGCCGCGUUCACACUGGUGCUUAUGACAAAGGGCAGGCAGAGUACACUACUUUACCUGGUCGCCUCCUCUGACAGUAAUAAAAGCAAACGAUAACGGAGACUCGGCUCUCUACUUCUAUGCAAAGACCGACCGAGAAGUGCAGUUCAAAAACUGUAGUUCUCUCCAAGCCCACUCUUCAACUUCAGCAGUUCAUUCUGAGCAGGCAGCUUCCUCGCAGUGUGGCCUGCAGUAAGAAACCAGCCCACUUGUUAAAUCAGGCCCUCACUGUUUACUCUCUGAAUGAUCGCGUACAUAUUACAUACAUAUAUGCAGUCUCAGGGCAACCUCAGAGAACCCCAAAGUGAUUUCUCUUUAAAGGGGGCGGAGUUAUGUAAGCAUUCAUUGGGCUUCAGAGACGCUCCGAAUCCUUGAAAUCGAAGUGGAUGAGUUGACUUGGAGAAGGAAAAGUCCCUACUGUAACAUUAAGCUAGUCUAGAAAAACGUUGACUUGAAUUAUUGCAUUAAUCAGAUAUCUUAUCAGACUGGGGCUCUUUAAACCGUUUUGGAUGUGGACUUUAUCAAUAGUUGUUUUUAUAAAGAGCACAUGGAGAUGGAGAGGUAGAACUCAAGUUGGCACCAAGUCAGACGGGUAGCACCUUGUCCCAGGUAUUAAGUGUUCAACUGGGAGGACUGCUGAGAAUAAACAGGGAAUCCAGAAUGUUUAGGUGCACUGUAGAUGGUUCACAUUGGGUACAUCUUUCUUUAAACCAAAAAAAAAACAAGGUUUUUGUCUCAUUAUUAAAUAUAAGAGGUAACUUUAAUUCUGUAGUACACUCUUGACUGAAGUGCUUCUCUUUGCAAGCCUUUUACGCCCGAAUGGGGCGAACAGAUGACUCUGGGGUUGCUGUAUUGAUGGUAUUAAAUUCUGUCCUGUUCCGAUACUAAUGGAACGGUGCAGAGUUAUUAUUAUUAUUAUUAUUAUUUUGUUUAAGUUUCAUUUUUACAGGUCCGGGUCCAUACGGACCUUUUGUAUCAGACGGCCUGUGGCACAUGCCAGUUGAUACCAAGUCUUAAAAGAGGAAAAUCCCUUUCUGGAAGAUAUUUCAUUUUCCUUUUUUACUCGAGUGACACUAGCAACAAUCACUAUUGCCUGUUUUUGAAGAUAUAUGAAUAUAUAUAUUUUUAACUGCCUUUCUCUAAGCUGUUCUCGAGACCACAGAUUGAAAAAGAACGUCCAAAACAUGUUAAAAUUCAGAGGAAUGACUGGCGGGUUAGCCUGCGAGCCAACAAGUGCCCAGUCCUCCACUGUGGGCAUGCUGGGUCUUUGUAUGUAGGACUGAUGAUGAUGAUGAUGAUGAUGAUGUACCCCAACUCUAUGAGAGAGGCUCAAAUGCAAGUUGUGUAGAUAACAAGGCUGCUUCAAACAUACAAAAUAACAGGGCCUGGUGAGCUCUAAAGGAGAUAAAUCCUCUUUCUUAGGGCCCUGGCUUGAAUAUGCACAUGCUGGUUGAUAUACAUGUACAUCUGAAAUCCUGUGUAUGUAUAUAACUGGUUUAUCUUUCUCCAUUUACCUUUAGUUUGUUUUUCAGGCCUAAGUGACCCAUUUCCUUCUCUCCAUGAAUUACCUAGAUGAUAAAAAGCAUAAACAUAUCAAAAUUAUACAAAUGAAAAAAUACAAAUACUUGAAUCAAAGAAGCGCCAAUAAUGUAAUGUGAAAAUUUUUUGUAAUAAUUUUGUCAUUCAUACACUUCCAAGCUUUUUGAUAACAUCGGUUCAAACUGAACGAAAAAAAAAAAUAUUAGAAAAAAAACGACAAAAUGAAAAAAAAAACAAAGAUAAAAAACGCAAAAUGACAUCGUUUGUAUGUGUGUGUUUGCACAAGAUUGCGUGUACUGUAUGACAAAUGAAUGGAUCUCAGUAUAGAUUGCUUGUAUGAGUGCCGAAGGGUUCAAACCAAUGUAUGCUUGUGAUUUACAGUGGAAUUGUUUGCGCCUUUUGUUUUAUUUUUGAAGCAUUUUAGAGGUUUUUGUCUCUUUUUUGUUGGCUAGUCAAAACUAUAUUCGGAUGUGUAUUGUUAUUGUAUUUGUUCUUAGCUUUGUUAUUAGAGUUGCACUGAGUGUCUGCUUCCCCUCAUUCAGCUAAUCGUACAACAUGAUAUUAAAGUACUAAGGGGACAAGGUGACAAUUCAUGUGUUAAUGUUUACUCAAGGACUUAUUGAGAAAAAUAACAAGUGUGUUUUUUUUAAUCUGUAAUACGAUUAUCUACCUUAUAGUGGCUUUUAUUGUGGAAUAAUCCAUGAUAAAGAAAUGGAUUAUUAUGAGUAUUGCACCAUUUUUGUUUUAAAGAUUAUAAACAGAAAAAAUGCAAAAUACUAACAAAAAAAAAUGAUAUAAAUAUAAACCGUGGGAAAAUCUUUUUUUUUCUUUUUUUGUUUUUUUGAAGAACUGUGGCCAUAGUUUGAUGUAGAGGGACUUGUAACUCUCCAUGUUGCACCAUGGAGAGCUGGAUAGACAUCUGAAGAAGAGUUUAUUACAAGACUCAUUUCAGAGGUGCCUACCUUUAUGGUUUGCUUUUUUAUUUCAGUUCUACUUUUAGUCUUCUUUGUGCAAGGCCACCAACAGUUUACAAGCAUUUCAUGUUUUUCUGAAGUUCAAGGAAGAGAAAAAUUACAUUGAGAAUCCUAAAGGACAUACUUCCAUCAGAUAAAUAACAAAAACACUUUACGAAAAUGAAGAUUAUUGUGCUACUUGCUGAACUCUGGGAUUGAUCAGUGUUGUCGUAUUUUUUUUAUUUUACUUAUGUUGGCAAUGUUACUUCAUAGAUGAUUAAAGCCUGUACUUUCUUGUUUUUUAAAGCUACAAAAAAAAACAUUUCCUUUGUUGAAAAGAAAAGAGAUAAUUGUUCACUAUCUUGCACACACAAAAAGUGGAUCAUGUCUCAGGAAGGCAAGGGUUCCAGAGUACCAACUCCACGCCAUUUAAUGUUUGUUUUUAGAGAAAGAGGAUUACAGAAAAAAAUAAGCACUGAAGGUUAUGGAUUUCAGAAGAAGAAAAAUACCUUUGUUUCUAAAUCCGUAGCAGUUACGUAUUUACCAAAUAAUGAACUCUUAAUGGACUUUAAAAAAGGAGUGCUUUAUAUAUAAAUCUAUAUAUUGAAAUUGCUUUACAUUUUAAACAAAAUGAUCAAUGAUUUUGAUUGUUCAAAAGACAGUGAAAGAACAUACAAAUGCUGUAUGUUUUAAUCUUUAUUGUAUUUUCUUAACAUGAGGUCCCUUCCUGUUGAAAUCAGGACCAUUGUGCAUUACUAUUUCUUUCCUCUUUGUCGUUCUGUCUCUUGUGGCGGGUAUUGAACACAAUGAAAAUUAAAAAGGGGGUCGGGGGGCAUGGUUUCUGUAUCGAUUUGAAUGAUUUAAACCGAAUUAAAGGCUGGUUUAUACGGAUUAUGAUCUAUGCACAAGGGGGGUGGGGUUCUUAAAGCUUCUGUGACCCAUCUCUCAUUGGGAUCAGGGGAACUAUUUUCCGGUUGUCCUUUAAUUGUGCUGACGCUGUUGUUUCCCUCCUCCACCGACACCAUCUUCUUCUUUCCCAUUUUUUUCAUGUAUCUUACAUACAAGUACAUCGCCAUGCUGUGUAUUCCUAAACCAAUGAGCGUCUCAUUCUGAAGCACUGUGGGGUUUUUAUUGUAGCCCAUGACUUUCAAGGUUGUCUGUGUUCUUAACGUGUGAAUGAGCGAGCGAGUGUGUUACUUGGAUGCGUGUGGGCAGAACUAUUGGGUUGCUUUUGCCUUUUGAUUUUAAAUGUUAAGAAAUAUGUCUGUACUGAGAUUUUAAGAAGUCAGUGGCUUUUAAUGUUUUUUCUCUUUCUCUCUAUUUCUCCUCAUAGAAUGUGAUUGUUGAUGACAUGCACCGAAAAAAAUGUUUUGAACUAUGGAGCUUCUUUCAAACAAUUAAUAAAUGCAUUUUUGUUCUUGGUUGUAA